AUGCCUUAUUAUUUAAUAAUCUACUCUAGCAUAUCGGAUGAGCUCGAAUUCUUCUUCUUCAUUUAAUUAAAAUUAAUAAUGAAAAGAACAAAGGAAACUAUCUUUAGACAACAUCCCGAAUGGUAACAAAGACAAGGAAUCAGUGGCCUCAAGGAAUUCGAUGGCGAAGAUCUGUAAUAUGAUGCUCGAAAUAAAUAUAAUAAAGAGUAACAGAAGCAAUGGAUUCAAGAGCAAAUCCAAGAAAAGAAAAGAAAAUAAGAAUAAGAGAAGGCAGAGGAAAUGGCCUAUGCCUAACAAACUUUAGAAAUCAAUAGGUUUAGAGGAAUGCUCCAAGAUAACUUUGCAGCCAGAAAAACAGAUAUAGGCGUUGCUGCUAAACAAACUAAUCUACAAUUCGCUAAAGAAAAGAAAGACAAAGAAGAAAGAGAUAAAUAAGAGAAGUUAUAAUAUGAAAAAAACGAAAGGGAUUUAUUACUUGAACGUGGACGCAAACAACCCUAUAACGGAUGACACAAUGAUUUUAUUAUCAAAAGUCAAACUUAUGUCAUAUUCUAUAA